CGGGGGGCGGCGGCGGCGGCGGCUCCGGGGAUGGCGGCGGCUCCGCUGCUGCUGCUGCUGCUGCUCGUGCCCGUGCCGCUGCUGCCGCUGCUGGCCCAGGGGCCCGGGGGGGCGCUGGGGAAUCGGCAUGCGGUGUACUGGAACAGCUCCAACCAGCACCUGCGGCGAGAGGGCUACACGGUGCAGGUGAACGUGAACGACUACCUGGACAUUUACUGCCCGCACUACAACAGCUCGGGGCCGGGCGGCGGGGCGGAGCAGUACGUGCUGUACAUGGUGAGCCGCGCGGGCUACCGCACCUGCAACGCCAGCCAGGGCUUCAAGCGCUGGGAGUGCAACCGGCCGCACGCGCCCCACAGCCCCAUCAAGUUCUCGGAGAAGUUCCAGCGCUACAGCGCCUUCUCGCUGGGCUACGAGUUCCACGCGGGCCACGAGUACUACUACAUCUCCACGCCCACCCACAACCUGCACUGGAAGUGUCUGAGGAUGAAAGUGUUCGUCUGCUGCGCCUCCACACCGCCCUCCGGGGAGAAGCCGGUCCCCACUCUCCCCCAGUUCACCAUGGGCCCCAAUGUGAAGAUCAACGUGCUGGAAGACUUUGAGGGAGAGAAUCCCCAGGUGCCGAAGCUGGAGAAGAGCAUCAGCGGGACCAGCCCCAAGCGGGAGCGCCUGCCCCUGGCGGUGGGCAUCGCCUUCUUCCUCCUGACACUCUGGGCCUCCUAGCUCUGCCCCUCCCCUGCCGGGGGGAGAGAUGGGGCAGGCCGGGCGGGAAUAGGGGGCCUUCGGCCUCUCCGCGGGGAGCCCAGCCCCCGCCCGGCAGUGAGGCCCUCCUGCCCCUCCCCCCCGUAGGGCGCUGUAGUGGGGCAGCCGCAGGUCCCAGGGGCCUCGUGGCUCUGGUAAUGUUUGGUACCAAACUGGGGGCCGUAAGGGCAGCGCUCAGGACUCCCUGCCCCCCGGUACCUUUCUCUGAUCCCCUGCGCCCUCCCGCUUCGUCCCCGCAGAUAGACGAGCAAAUCGAAGCGUGGAAGACACCCCCACCCCUGUCUUCCAGGGGCAGAAAACGGGGAGGGGACUAGGUGGGGAGGGGGUGGCAUCGCCCGCGGUUCCCUUCCCCUGUUUACAGCAAUAAGCACGUCCUCCUCCCCCCACUCGCACCCCAGGAUUGUGGUUUGGAUUGAAUCCAAGUUUACAAGUAGACACCCCUGGGGGGGGCGGGCAGUGGACAAGGGCAGCGCGGGGUGGGCACUGGGUGCCAGGCAGGCAUGUACAGACUCUAUAUCUCUAUAUAUAAUGUACAGACGGACAGAGUCCCUCCCCCUCCUUAACCCCUGACCUUCCCUGACCCCCCCCUCUUCCAGCUUCGGGCCCCAUCCCCACCAGGCUACCCCCCAGGGGGACCCCCUGGCCCCUCUUUUGUCUUCUGUGAAGACAAGACCUAUGCAACGCACAGACACUUUUGGAGACCGUGAGAACAAUGCCCUGUCCCCUGCAGCCGGGAGCCUGAGGCUCCCAGGACCCUGCCCUGCCCGCCCUCCGUGGUCCCCACCCAUUCUCCUGGGCCUUUUUCAAGUGCUUUGGCUGUGACUUUCAUACUCUGCUCUUAGUCUAAAAAAAAAAAUAAA